CGAUAAAUUAUCCUUUCAGGCUCCCCAACCGCCGAUCCCAUGGGAUGGAGUCCGAGAUGCCAAAAAGUUUGGUGACAUUUGUUACCAAUUCAACUAUUUAACGCAAUCCCGCGAGAAAGGCAGCGAGGAUUGUCUUUAUCUCAACGUUUACUCACCCAAUUUGAAGCCGGCCCAACGUUUGCCCGUCAUGAUCUGGAUCCACGGAGGCGCCUUCUGUUGCGGCAGCGGCAACGACGACAUCUACGGACCCGACUACCUCAUUGAAAACGGAGUAAUCCUCGUCACCCUAAACUACAGACUAGAAGUCCUUGGAUUUCUGUGUCUGGACACCGAAGACGUUCCAGGCAAUGCGGGAAUAAAAGACCAAGUCGCCGCAAUGAGAUGGGUCAGAAAGAACAUCUCUAACUUCGGUGGUGACCCUGAAAACAUCACCAUAUUUGGACAGAGUGCUGGAGCCGCCUGCGUCACCUACCACUGUGUCUCGCCGAUGACCAAGGGUCUGUUCAAAAGGGCCAUCGCUCAAAGCGGAUGCAUGCUGAACUCGUGGGCACAUGCCUACAGACCGCGCGAAAGAGCAAUCGCUCUGGCUAAGCACUUAGGAUGGACUUCGGAACAAGAACAAGACCUCUAUGAGUUCUUCAAAUCCCAACCCAUGGAAUCUAUUGCGGAAAUUCAAAUACCGAUAAUGGCGCGCGAAAAAGAUUUAUCAAUGUACGAAAUUCAGUUUACAGUUGUUAGUGAAAAAAUAUUCCCUAACGUUGAAACGUAUUUUACUGGUGAUAUCAUAGAAGCACUCAAAACGAAUAUACACGAAGGAGUCGAACUAAUUAUAGGCUACAAUGAAGAUGAGGGAACUUCAAAUGUAAUGGUGACUCGCAACAUGGAAAAUAUGAUUAAUCAAGCCAACACCUAUGAUGACUUUUUUCUCUCAAAACCCUUAUCUUUAUACUGCAGUGUAGAUGGUGAUAAAAUUGAUAUGGCAAACACAAUGAAAAAAUAUUACUUAAGGAAUAAAAGAGUGCACAUAAAAAAUGUAAACGCAUUAUCUAAUUAUUUUUCUGCCGAAGGCAUCAAAUUUGGGAUAUGGGAGUUCGCAAAAUAUUUCGCUGCCCAAAACAAAGUGUACAUGUAUAAAUUCUGUUGUAAAUCUGAGAGGAACUUAUUUUCUAAAAUAUAUGGCGUGACAAAAUACUACAACAACACACAUUUGGUGGGGCACUGUGAUGAAAUGGGAUACCUUUUCCCAGUCAAAAUUAUAAAACAGAAUAUUAAGGCGUCUUCUGACACGUUCGCGAUGAUCAAAACGAUGUCAACAAUGUGGACUAAUUUUGCAAAACAAGGGAACCCAAAUAUGAACUCCGGUCUAAUGCCCAUGUGGAGGCAGUUCAAAGCCGACUCGCAGCACUACCUGAUGAUUGGGAGGGACCUGAUCCGGCGCAGGAUACCUGACAAGGAAGAGCAAGAAUUCUGGCAACAUUUGUACAACAAAUACUUACCCCGUUACCUUUACCAGAACUGUAACAAACUAUGAAGUGUAUAAUAAUUUCUGUAAAUUGAGGAGAUGAUGAGUAUUUUUAGGGGAUCCCAUCUAUUCGCAUACUGGUUUACUUCUAAUAUACUUUGGCAUAAAAUCCUUGGUACAGUUUUUAUCGCAUAACAUUACAUUAUGCCAAAAUUUACAGGGUGACUUUGAAAUCGUUGGCAUCCUUUUAAUAUAUGACUACUCAUGAUCCAUAGUUAUUUUACAACCCUUUUAAGGCGAUUAUCACACUGCGCAGCGCUCCGCCGCGGUACGCGGGACGACAGAUUUAAUCAUUAUAUGCACUUGCAUACAAUGAUUAAAUCUGUCGUUCCGCGUACCGUGGUAUGAGUAUGAGGUACUUACCUCAGCUUGUAUAGAAAACACGCACGGCACAACACACUGACAACGCGUCUGCGCGCGGGAUUUUUUAUA